AUGGUGACUGUUGCCAGUCUAGUCGCCCUUUUAAGUCCAGUCAUGGCUGCAGGUUCUUCAAGCGCUAUCGUUGCGGAUGGCAGCUCGUUCGCUCUGAACGGUGACGAUGUAUCCUACCGAUUUCACGUCGAUAAUAGCACCGGUGACCUGAUUUCAGAUCACUUUGGUGCCAGCGUGUCAGGAGAUAUCCCUAUAGAAGUCACGGGUGCGGUGAAUGGCUGGGUCAACACCAUUGGACGCGUCCGACGCGAAUUUCCUGACCAAGGCCGAGGAGAUUUCCGCCAGCCAGCGAUCAGAAUCCGACAAUCGGAAGGGUACACUGUUUCUGACCUGCGGUAUCAAUCCUAUACUGUUAAACAGGGCAAGCCUGAUCUGCCUGGCUUACCGGCGACCUUCGGCACGGAUGAUGAGGUGUCAACCUUGAUCGUCCAUAUGUACGACAACUAUAGCUCCGUUGCAGCUGAUCUCUCUUACUCGAUCUUCCCGAAGCACAACGCAAUCGUCCGCAGUGCAAACAUCACCAACCAGGGCAAGGGGAACAUCACAAUCGAGUCGCUUGCAAGUAUGAGUGUGGAUUUCCCAUACGAAAACUUGGACAUGAUUAGCCUGCGCGGUGAUUGGGCAAGAGAGGCACACCGUGAGCGACGAAAGAUUGAAUAUGGCAAACAGGGCUUCGAGAGCGCAACAGGCUACUCCUCCCACCUUCACAACCCAUUCCUUGCUGUCAUGGACCCCGCAAGCACGGAAUCAAAUGGCGAAGUUUGGGGAUUUUCUCUCGUUUAUUCAGGCUCUUUUUCUGUUGACGUUGAGAAGGGCUCCCAGGGAAACACCCGUGCUCUGGUCGGCCUCAACCCCAAUCAGCUCUCCUGGUCAUUGGGACCCGGUGAAUCUCUCACCUCGCCAGAGUGUGUUGCUGUCUACUCAGAAAAUGGAGUUGGUGGGAUGUCCCGCUCGCUCCAUAACCUCUACCGGAAAAAUCUCAUCAAAAGCAAAUUUGCAACAGCAGAUCGACCUGCUCUAUUGAACAGCUGGGAGGGACUAGGAUUCACCUUCAACGAAUCUACAAUCUACCAGCUCGCCAAGGAAUCUGCUGCUCUAGGGAUUAAGCUCUUCGUUCUAGAUGAUGGUUGGUUUGGUGACAAGUAUCCCCGAACCUCGGAUGAUGCCGGUCUGGGUGAUUGGAUUCCUAACCCUGAGCGGUUCCCUGACGGCUUGACGCAUGCAGUGGAUAGCAUCACUGCCCUCAAAGCUGCGAACACUUCAACGAAUCUACGCUUUGGUCUUUGGUUUGAGCCUGAGAUGGUGAACCCCAAUUCUACUCUCUAUCACGAGCACCCUGACUGGGCGUUACACGCAGGAUCCUAUCCUCGCACUUUGACGCGUAACCAGCUUGUUUUGAACGUUGCGCUCCCGGAGGUUCAAGACUUUAUCAUUGAUGCCGUGUCAAAUAUUUUGAACAGCUCCGAUAUCAGCUAUGUCAAAUGGGACAAUAACAGAGGAAUUCACGAAACACCCUCCCCGUCCACAGACCACGAGUAUAUGCUGGGAAUGUACCGGGUAUUCGAUGUUCUGACUACUCGAUUCCCAGAUGUGCUUUGGGAAGGAUGUGCCUCCGGUGGCGGUCGUUUUGACCCUGGCGUGCUACAGUACUUCCCCCAGAUCUGGACCGCUAUGGGUGCUCACUUGUCUGCCGUUCCAAACCAGCAAACGGGCCGCACCUUGCCUGUUGAUUUCCGCGGGCAUGUGGCAAUGAUGGGUGGGUCGUUUGGUCUGGAGCUUGAUCCAUCUGAUAUGCCAGAGGAUGAUAAGGCUGCUCUGCCUGCACUGAUUGCACUUGCGGAGAAAGUCAACCCAAUCAUCCUGACUGGUGAUAUGUACCGACUCAGUCUCCCGGAGGACUCUAACUGGCCAGCUGUUCUCUUCAUCUCCGAAGAUGGCAACAAGGCCGUCCUCUUCUACUUCCAGAUUAAUCCCAACAUUAACCAUGCUAUUCCGUGGAUCAAGAUGCAAGGCCUGGACUCAAAAGCUACUUACAGUGUCGAUGGAAAUUCCACAUACUCUGGCUCAGUUUUGAUGAAGAUUGGCUUGCAGUUCCCCAUUGCUACGGACUAUGGGAGCAAAGUGGUAUUCUUAGAGAAGCAGUAA